UGACGUUACGAUGACAUAAAUACAAAAUGUGUACCAAUUGCAAUUUUAAUUUAUUAAAUAAAAACAUUCUAUAUGCGUAUUUAACUCAAAUCUAAAACACGAGAAUACUUAUUUAUUUUAUCGACUAUAUCUUUUUUCUAUUAUUGCUUUAACUAGAUCCCAGUCAGCAAAUUUUUUAAAACAGUCAUGGACCCUUUCAUUAUAGCAGCUAUUAUUAGCGCUUUUGUAAUUAUUGCUUUAUCAAUAGCGUUCUUACGUGUCUCACAGGUAAAUCCACAACCUGGAGCAAGACCACGGGCAGUUGCUCCAAGAGAUGGAGGUCCAGGCAGGGUACAAGCUGUUAGAAAUCAAAGGGCACGGAUGAGAGCUAACGCCGCUAGACACCAGCCAACAUUGAUAGAAGAGGAACCAGCGUUAGAAGAGGAAGCUGAAGAAGAUGGCAUCCCUGAAGCACAAAAAUUGGACAUUGACGACAAAAUGGGAGCUAAGAAACGUGCAAAACUAGAAGCGAAAAUGGAGAAAAAGAAAGCAAGAGAAGCUGAAGAACAAAUGCGUGAAAUGAAGAAAAAACGGGAUGAAGAAAUGGAAGAGGAGAGACGGAAACUUGAAGAGAAAAGAGAGGAAGAGGAAAGGAAAGUCGAAGAGGCCGCACGUAAACUAGAGGAGGAACGCAAGAAGCGUGAACAAGAAGAAUAUGAAGCUUUGAAAGCAGCGUUCACCGUCGAAGGGGAAGGCUUUGAUGAAAACCAAGAACAAGAUCAGGAGAAUAUGUUAAAACAAUUCAUAGACUAUAUUAAGGCUCAAAAAGUCGUUUUGUUGGAAGACUUAGCAGGACAUUUCAAAAUUAAAACACAAGCUGCUAUUGACCGACUAACAGAUUUACAAGCAAGUGGUGAACUAACAGGAGUUAUAGAUGACAGAGGAAAAUUUAUAUACAUCUCACAAAAAGAACUUGAAGAUGUUGCUAAAUUCAUAAAGCAAAGAGGAAGAGUUUCUAUAUCUGAACUGGCAGAGAGCAGCAAUGAUUUAAUCAAUUUAAGCCCUGUUACAGUUACAUAGGUCAUACAGAUUAUAGUAAGUACUCACAAAUGUUUUUGAAGCAAUUGUUAUUUUUUUAAUAUAUAAAGAAAGUAAUAAAAUUUUUGUUAAAAUGCAA